ACAGCGGGAGUUCACACUGGAGCUUCAGAGGCAGUGGAGGAGCGAGGGAGAGCUGGAGAGUCUGGAGAUACAGAGCAGAAGAGGAGUACAGCGAGGAGACUGAACUUCAGCUGAUUUACUGAACUGGACUUUCAGUCAGACAGGACGGGUCCUGUGUAGCAGAGAACAGCAUGAGGGUUCACUUCUCCACAAGCUGGAUUUUCAGAGGAUGGAUCACUUGUCUGAUCUUCGCCCUGUGUAUCCAAAGAAAAGAUGCCAAACCAACCUGUAACCAAACCCAGUACCUGAAGGACAAUAAGUGCUGCAACAAAUGUGGACCAGGAUCGUUCUUGAUUACAGAGUGCUCUGGAAAUGCAGACACUAUUUGCCGCCAGUGUGGAAAGAACGAGUACCAGUCGGAAUACACUACUGACAAAAGGUGCAUUCCACAGAAGUUCUGUGAUGACGGGAAAGGGUUUUAUCGCCCCACUCCCAGUAGCACCACUGAGCUUGAGCCAUGUCGGUGCAAAGAUGGCUUUCAGUGUCACCCGCUGAACUGUGAGUUCUGUGAACCGAUCCCAUCAUGCCCUGCAGGCCAAGGACUUAAUGAAGUGGAUGGCAAAAAUUUCUGUAAGGAGUGCCGUUAUGGAUAUUUCUCUGAUUCAAACGUGGCAGAACCCUGCAAGAUGUGGACAAACUGCAAAUCCAUUGGCAAGACCGAGGAAAAGCCUGGCAGCACUAAAAAAGAUGUGACAUGUGGACCGCCCUUCGAAAUUCAGCCGGUGCCCCCUACCUCCUGGGCCGUGGUGGCAGUCCCCUGCGUGAUAAUCGUGAUAUUUGUCAUCAUUCUCUCCUGCUAUAAGGACAAGUUGAACAUCCUCUCAGGUAAAGUCAAUCUGCGAACCUGCAUCCAGAACAUUAAACGCAGCCGAAUUCAACAAGAGACACUAGCACCUCCGUACCACAGCAAUGUGUUACAGAGCGGCUCUGAGAUCACCUCACGCCUUAUCAAGCAAGACGACAGUCCUCCAGAAUACCUAAGCUUGUGUUCGGAACUGAAGCCAACUGGUGCUUCAGACCCCAAGGAGGACCAAGAGCCCGACUCUGUUGAUUCAGUUCGAGACAGAGCAGACGGGUUAUCAAGCGGCUCCAGUGAUGUUUCUGAGGGAGGUCCAGCUUCUCCGCUUUCUGGCAGCUCAUGCAGCUGCUUACCGUCCAUGAAGGAGCCGAUGGAAGUUGGGGAAAAUGAAGACUGCAGUCAGCUAGUGGCCACGGGCCUGGCCGGCUGCUGCUCCUGCGGCCUGGGGGAGACUAUGGAAGCCAAAGAUUCCACCGUGGAUGCUGCCGUGUCCCUGAAGGAGCCGCCGAUGUGUGGGAACUGCUACUCUGACAGCAUGCCUGGAUGCCUGCAAGGCUCUCAGGAACUCUAUCUGGACUACAGCAGCCCAGUGGGGAAAGAGACCAUGUCAGAGGUCGGGGGUUAUCACAGUGAUGGCAGUUUGUACAAGCACAACGAGCCACGCUGUUGUAGCAUAGAGUCCACUGUUCCCCCCAAGUCAGCGUUUAGUAACAGCAACAAUGGAGGCCUCUCUCUGAUCGCAGACGACAACUUGUUGGACCCAGAAACAGACCUGGAGAUCCAGAGCCAGUGCUCUGAUGCUGCCCUUGCCUGUGGUCAGGUCACAGGAAAUAACAACACCACCUUUAUCUCCACCGGACAGGUGAUGAAUUUUACUGGUGACGUCAUCAUGGUGUACGUCAGUCAGACGUCUCUGGGCAGCGGCUGCGGAGGUGACGAGCCCUACGCAAAUCCGGUUCAGGAAGAAUCAAGUGAAAUCCAUAAUGCGUCCAAAUCCAACACACACACUCAACAGCACGAUUUCCCUGUGCAGGAGAUGACUACCCGGCGCCUCCAGCAGAACAUCUCUGUCUGAACCUAAGCUGGAUUUAUUUUUAAUGAUUUAUUGAUCAGUUUACGGCAGUGGUCACCAGUCCAGGUCCUAAAUAUCUGCUAUCUUACAAAGUUCUUUCAUGGGUCCCAAACAGUUGUUCAUCUCAGUAGGGUUCAGUGGUUUAUGGAGUUCUCAGCAUUAAUAUAAUUAAACAAAAAUAUGAUAAUUUAUAUGAUACAAAAAUAUGAUAAUUUAUUUUUUUAUUUGUAUACAGUACUUUGCAAACUUUUAGGCACCUGAAAACAAAGUAUAAAAAGCUUAGUGUUUGUUUGCUCAGAAGAAAAGACAAAUAUUAGAAGAAAUACAGAUAAGUUUAAUACAAUAAAUACUGAUUUUAUGUGUCACUGUGUUGUGUAACCUUUUCUGAUGCGCUGGUUAAGAAAUCCCUGCAUUAGCUGUUAUUAUCCGGUACACACACAGCACGGCUAUCUUGCUGAAUUUAUUUUAAUAACGUCUUGUGUUUUACUAGCAAACUACAGUUGUUGCCCAUAUACAUUAUUUAAAAACAAAGGGCUCCAAAGAAAAAACUUUUUUGUAAAAUGUGUUUAAAUGUGUAAAAGAGUCAAUGUAAAUGUAGAUGUUUGAUUUAGCUACCUCACCGUUGACCUCAUUUGAUUUGGCUUUAGAACAGCAGUUUUAUAAGAACUUCUUAUUGCAUAAAGAUAAAGACAGUAAAGAUGUCCAAAGAUUUUUUUGGAUCAGUGCCUUUUGUUUUUUAUUAAAAAAUCUUUCUGUAAUUGAGGUAUGUGAAGAGGCUAGGAUUAGAGACAUAAUAUAAGGGCUGUAUUUGUCCAUGCUUGGAACUAUUCAGUGACCAUUAUUUUUGGACUGCAGUAGAAGAAUGAGAUAUAAUGAUGGCAUUUAACCCCUGGUAAGAAACUUUUAGGUGGGCAGAAAGGAUAAGGACUUUUGACUGCUGGUUUACUGAUUGUAGCAUCCAGAGUGCUAUUACAUAAAAAAAAUGCUGUGCAUUUGUUAAACAUGAAAUGUGUGUUUUUUUUCUUGUUGUUUGCUAAUCAGAUGUUUAAGAUGCUAUAAUUUUCUGAAUGUCUAUGAUUUGUGUCUGUCAUUUGCGUUGGCCUAAAUUUGCAGACAAUGCCUGUGUUGUCAAGCCAAAUAAAAAGAGCAUAAGAGCAGCUUGGUGGGACCAGAAGUCAAAUCUACUGUUGAGCAGUUCUGGCCAAACAAAAUCAAAAUCCUUCCAGAGAAAGCACAACAUGAAGCCGCAGGAACAAAAGUGUGCUGUGCUUCUGUCCGAACCCUGUGGUCCCUUUUUUCUGGAGAGGAACUAAUGCACAACAUCUCACCGAGAGAUUGCGUUAUGGACCAUAAUUACAGCUCCUAGGAGAGACUGGGAAUUUGGAGCAAACCCAAAAAUGGGAGGUUUGCUCGUUGAUGUAUUUUGUAAAAAAUAUGUUUGUAUUUUAUAUUAUUUUUUGUUUGUUUGUUUGUUUUUUGAGAUCUGAGAAAAUGAUUUUUGAUUAUUCUGAUGCUCUCUAAUUGUGUUCAUUCUGUUGUUUAUGGUGGCAUUAUUAGCCACUAAGCUGACUAUUCAGUCUAACUGAAAUAAAAAGGGAGUGUAGCCAUACAUUGGACACACAUUGCAUUUGUAUAUAUAAAUAUAUAAUUAUAUAUGAUUCAGAAUCAAUGUUUGAUAUCUAAAUGAGCUAAGCUGGAACCACCUAUUACUGGAAAUAAAGAUCAUUUGUUUAAAGCGGU